UGUGGUAUUGGGCUGUGUGGCUAUAACCUACCGAGUGUUCACAUUCAUCACAAAUGCAGUCAUUCUCCGGUAUAUUACAUCUGAUGUCCUGGGCAUCAUCAAUGUCAGGCUGGCUCUACUCUACUCGACUGACACCUUUGUCAGUGUGGAGGCUUUCCGUCGGGCGGCGCUGGGCGUGACAGAGAGCAGCACGUGGCGCCAGGCCAUCAACUUGGUGUGGCUCAGCGUGCCCGUGUCAGCGGCGGUGUCGGCGGCGCUGGCCGGCCUCUGGCUGCACGCGCUCAGCCAGCCGGCGCCCGAGGUGACCUCAGAGUACCGUCUGGGCGUGUGGGUCACCGCGGCCAUGGUUGUACUGGAGACGGCCGCCCAGCCGCUGGUCAUCCUGGCGCAGGCCAUGCUCUUUGUCAAAUUGAAGGUGGUAGCCGACAUGGUCACUCUGUGCAGUCGGGUGGCGCUCAAAGCCUGGCUGAUCGCCCUGUACCCGUCCCACGCCAUCUGGGCCUACUGUGUGGGCCACGCGGUCAGCUCCGCUCUCCUCGUGGUCAUCUAUUACGGCACCCUGCUCUGGCACGUCCGCUCACCGGAUAACUGUCUACCGGUGAAGUCGGCGAGCGAGCUGGGACCCAGACUGGUGCCGGGACAGCCGGUGUCUGCCGCGGGGGGCCGGGUUCUGCACGACCUGCUGCGCGCCAUGAGCCUGCUCUGUCUGGUUGCCGUCACGUUCGGCUGGAGCUACUCCCACCUGCUGCUGCGGCUGUACGGAGGCGCCCUGCUGACCGCCGGUCCGGCCGUCAGUCUGCUGCGCGCCCAGUGCGCCUACGUGCUCCUACUGGCGGUGAACGGAGUGCUGGAGUGCUACACGUUCGCAGUGAUGCGCCAGGAACAGAUCAAUGGGUAUAACCGGAAGAUGGUGCUGCUAUCUGUGAUAUUCGUCAUCUCGACAGGGAUCUUUACUAGGCUAUUCGGCGGGGUUGGAUUGAUCCUCGCCAACUGCGUCAAUAUGCUGACCAGGAUAUACGUUUGUUACCGGUUCGUGGCCGGUCUGCCGCUGGAGCCGGCGGUGUCCGUGCCGCCGCUGCUCGGUCUCCGCCCGCCGCCCGCCGUGGCUGCCGCGCUGGUGACCGCCGGCCUGCUGGCAGCCGGCUCCGAGAGCUGGCUGUACCCCAGCUCCGCCGCCGCCCAUGUGGCUGUGGGCGCGCUCUGUGGGGCCGCCGUGGUGGCCGCGGCAGUGUACAGCGAGCCCCGCCUCCUCCAGGCGGUCAAGGAGCGGGUCGGGGAUAAACUGAAGCGCAGCUAGCGGGGAGUGCUACUCACAUGGUCACGCAGGGAAUAGGGGUUGUUUUGUUGUGAUAUUUAUGUGCAUUUUGGGUUGAAUAUACACCGUGCCUGUCAGUAGAGUGGAUCUAUUAAUUUUAAGACUGGUGCGACUGCAGGGGGCGUUGAGGCUAUCGGCCAUUUGAGAGCUGGACAGUGCUUGAAAGCAACUUCCUACCGAUGAAUUUUGGCAUUCAGAUCCUAAUUAUAGCCAUUUGUGAUGAACGAUGGCGAUGCAGGGGACGGCAGGGGAGGUGAAGGGAUGGCACCUCCCUGGAGCUUAUGGUAAUCGCGGAAGCCCAUUACCGUUUACCACCACUGCAUAGCCAAAGUGGUAAGACCGGAGAGACGCGAUCAGGCCGGAUUGCCAGUUGUCGAUUCCUCUAUCGUUGUAGAGGUCGCUUGCAAAGUGAGAUGACUGCUUUUCGUAGAGGGCGGUAAAAUCGUGGCCGGUUAGCGUCUGGUGGGGCUUGUAGGCUAAUGAUGGGCACGACCGGGUGCUGUAUGCUAUGUGUGGUGACAGCGGCGUUCCUGAGCGUAGGGUGUAUCUCUUGCUCUGAAGUCCAGAAGUCCUUAUCGUUCUUGUGCAUUCACUUUGUCAGUGCCUGAUGUCAGUGUCAGUGUUUGUCAGUGUUUCAUUCUGUAGCAGACAUGCAGUCAUAUUUGGUUAAAUAGAACCUUGCAGUCUGA